AUGAUCGCGUCUCUUUUUAACCGUGGAGCAUUGUCGCUCGCGGUCUUGUCGCUUCUCGCGUCCUCUGCUGCAGCUGAUGUAUUUGAGAGUUUGUCUGCUGUUCCUCAGGGAUGGAGAUAUUCUCGCACACCGCGUGCUGAUCAAUCCCUGAAGCUACAGAUUGCUCUGGCACAGGGGGAUACUGCCGGAUUCGAAAAGGCUGUGAUGGACAUGUCAACCCCCGAUCACCCCAGCUACGGGAACCACUUCAACACCCACGAGGAAAUGAAGCGGAUGCUCCAGCCCAGCGCGGAGUCUACAGACUCGAUCCGUGACUGGCUCGAAGGCGCGGGUAUUACCAGGAUCGAACAGGAUGCCGACUGGAUCACCUUCUACACCACUGUGGAGGCGGCAAAUGAGCUGCUGGCAGCCAAUUUCCAGUUCUAUACCAACAGUGUCAACCACAUUGAGCGUCUUCGCACACUCAAGUACUCUGUCCCGGAGGCUCUGGUGUCACACAUCAACAUGAUCCAGCCAACCACCCGUUUCGGCCAGCUGCGCGCCCAACGGGCCAUAUUGCACAGCCAGGUCAAGGAAAACGACGAGGCUUUCCGCUCGAACGCCAUGUCCGCUCAGCCGGACUGCAACAGUAUCAUCACCCCCCAGUGUCUCAAGGAUAUGUACAAUAUUGGUGACUACAAGGCCGACGCCACCAAUGGGAACAAGGUCGGCUUUGCCAGCUACCUAGAGGAGUAUGCACAAUACUCCGAUCUGGAACUAUUUGAGCAAAAUAUCGCGCCCUUUGCCAAGGGCCAGAACUUCUCCGUCGUCAAGUACAACGGCGGUCUUAAUGUUCAACACGGGAGCGGUAGCAGCAGCGAGGCGAACCUCGACUUGCAGUACAUUGUUGGAGUCAGCUCUCCUGUUCCCGUUACAGAGUUUAGUGUUGGCGGUCGUGGUAAACUUGUUCCCGAUCUCGACCAGCCUGAUCCCAACAAUAACAACAACGAGCCGUACCUUGAAUUCCUCCAGAACGUGCUUAAGAUGAACAAAAAGGACCUUCCCCAAGUGAUUUCCACCUCUUAUGGCGAGGACGAGCAGAGCGUUCCCGAAACGUACGCCCGCACCGUUUGCAACUUGUACUCGCAGCUCGGCAGCCGUGGUGUGUCCGUCAUCUUCUCAUCUGGCGACUCCGGCGUUGGUGCCGCUUGCCAGACGAACGACGGCAGGAACGCGACUCACUUCCCACCCCAAUUCCCCGCCGCCUGCCCGUGGGUGACCUCGGUCGGUGCGACAACCCACACCGCGCCCGAGAGGGCCGUGUACUUCUCGUCCGGCGGCUUCUCCGAUCUCUGGGAUCGCCCGCAAUGGCAAGAGGACGCUGUGAGUGAGUACCUCGAGAACCUGGGCGACCGCUGGUCCGGCCUUUUCAACCCUAAUGGCCGUGCCUUCCCCGACGUCACAGCCCAAGGUCAAAACUACGCCAUUUACAAUAAGGGCUCGUUGAGCAGCGUUGACGGCACCUCCUGCUCGGCACCUGCCUUCGCAGGAGUCAUCGCCCUCCUCAACGAUGCCCGCCAGAAGGCCAAAAAGGCACCCAUGGGCUUCCUCAAUCCCUGGCUGUACUCGACCGGCCGCGCCGGCCUAAAGGACAUUGUUGAUGGCGGCAGCACGGGCUGCGAUGGGAAUGGCCGUUUCGGCGGCCCUAGUAACGGUGGUCCAUCGGUUCCAGGUGCUAGCUGGAACGCUACUAAGGGCUGGGACCCUGUUUCCGGUCUUGGAUCGCCCAACUUUGCUGCCAUGCGCAAGCUAGCGAACGCUGAGUAG